AUGCAAGCAAGGGUGCCCAAUAAAACAGCAACCACCAUCAACAACAUCCCAUCCGAUGCACCACCCACACCACCUUACACCAAUAACAACAACAGCAGCAAGCGCUUAGAAUCAAUCACUGAAAAUACGGGUUCAAUCGAAGCCAACCAAGCUAUCAAUGAGCCUGCUGAUAAUCGCUCCUCUCGAUUUGGAUUACGAAAGCGUGUCAAAGGAGUGGUAUCCAAUGUUCCAGGUGGUCAAUUCGCUGAUCAAUUUGCACAACGAGUGGCCACGCAUGCUGAUCAAGUGGCAAGUCAAGUCACCACGCGUGUCGGUUCCCUUCCAAGCCAAAUCACCGCACUCCCUGGUCAAGUAGUAGGGCUUCCUGGCACUGUAUUCAACACAUUUGCUGGUCGUCAAAAGGAAGAAGAGGAACAGCAAUCCAUUCCAGAAGAGUUGAUCGAGCACAGUUACAAAUUACAGUUUCCACAACCGCUUCUUCCAGCAGAACCCAAGCAAUUGGUCAAAGGGCUACAAUUGAAUGCACUCAAAUACUUGGUGAUUGCUGCUGUCAUAUGCUACUUUAUUGGACGUUUGAAUGCCGGCUACAUCGUUGGAUUAUUCUUUGUUGGUGCAGGCAUUAUGGCAUAUUGGGUAUUUGGUACCGAGACGCAGGAAGGUUUGGAUUGGCAGCUUGAAAAGAUGGAAGGCGCUAAAACGCUUCGUGAAGCACAAGGCGAAACGGUGGAAUGGCUCAAUUACAUGCUCGACAAGAUUUGGCGGAGCAUUGAUCCUAGUAUCUUUGUCAUGGUUGAAGACAUCCUUGAAGAUGCAUUGCAAAGUGUGGCACCUGCGCUUGUUAAAGGUGUCAAGGUGACAGAUUUUGAUCUUGGUGUACACGCGCCUCGUGUUCAAAAGAUACGCGUAUUCCAGCCAUCCGCACAUCAACCACCAGAGGCUAUUUUUGGGGAGGCAUCAUUUAUCUUUGAAGCCAAUCCAGUGGCAUCUUCCUCUUCUGUACGCAACAUCCAAGGCGCCCCACCUGGUAUUGCCAUCCGAUUCAAAACGGGUCUCAAGGCACCUGUGGAUAUCAAAGCCGAGCUUACCAAAUUCAGAGGCAAGCUUCGUUUCAAGAUCCUCACCUCGCCCGAUAUGCCUUUUGUUUCAAAGGUCACCGUUUCAUUUAUCAAGCCUCCCUCGAUUGAGACGGGUGUUAUGCCAAUGUCAAAGCACUUGAAUGUCAUGCGGCUGCCAAUGAUGCAAUCGAUUGUCAAUGAAGCUGUCAAGUUGGGCUUUGCCGGCCUGGUGGAUCCAAAAUCAAUGACGGUGGAUGUGCAAGAAUUGAUGAAUGUAUUGGAUACAGAGGCUUUGGGUGUGAUCAAGGUUGAAAUAAGGAAAGCAACGCGUUCGCCAACGAUUACCAAUUUGGAGGAUAUGGAAGAUGCUUAUGGCACAGUCAAUAUCAGCACCCGGAAAAAGUUUGCGCCAUCCACACGUGUGCUCACCAAUGAUGAAGAUCCUCGAUGGAAUGAAAAUCUCUAUGUCCUUGUUUAUGAAGAGGAUAUCGCAUCCGAUGCCACUCUUGAUGUCAAAGUAUGGGAUGCCGACAAAGUCAAGCCUGAUGAUGAGUGGGGAUGUCAUUCAACACCUAUCCGAGAUAUUGUGCGUGCCAAGUUGGAUGACCUUGGGAACAUUGUGGAUUGGGACAAGGAGGAAAGAGUGAUCUUUGAUGGUUGGGCCCCCUUGGAUGGAAAGCCUACAAUAGAAGAAUCUGAAACGAAGCUCAGUUAUCGCAUGACAUUCCAUCCAAAAUACUUUGCAGCUCCACCUGAUUCGCUCAUGACUCGUUUGCAAAAGAAAUCGGAAGAGGUGAAGCGUCUCGAGAAAGAAGAAUGGAAUCCGAUUCACAAAUGCGGCAUUUUAUCGGUCCAAGUUACUGAAGCUGCUGAUUUGGAGAUUGCUGAUCCCGAAAUGUUGGCCGACGACGACUUGAAGCACCCUUACAGCCAUAAUCAGAUCGUCAACCCUUAUGCCGUGCUCUAUAUCAAUGAUCACAAAGUCUAUGAAUCGAGAGCAAAACUACGCAAUUCCAGCCCUCAUUGGAAUGCCAUCUCAGAGCACUUUAUUAAGGACUAUGAAACGACCUUCCUCCGUAUCUCAGUCAAAGCUAGCAUGGACUUGGAACGUGAUCCAGUGCUUGGUACUCGUGUAUUUUACCUCAGUGAUAUGUUUGUGGAUCAACAGGACAAGUACAAAGAGGCCGAGAAAUGGGUUGCAUUAGCCAAUGGCAUUGGUUUUGGCAAGGUGUUGAUGAAUCUAAAAUACAAGCCCGUCAAGCUGUCAUUGCCACGAGAAUUACAAGGAUCAGAUGUUGGAACCAUGAUCAUUGAACAAGUGCGCUUCGUCAAUCUCAAGAGCCCUUUCUCUACGGACCAUCUACGUUUUAUCAAAGCCAUGCUCUCUCUCAAUGUUGAUCCUGUCAUUAUGAAACGGCUCAAGACACGUGAUUUGCGCAAUGAAAAUGGCGAGAUCGUAUGGUCCAAACGACCCAUGUAUUUCCCACUGACGAUGCGAUAUCGUACAGCAUUGUAUGUGAACGUUCAACAAGGCAGCAUUACCAGCUCCAAGGCUAUGGGUCGCUUGUGGCUCAAAACUGUAUGCGAUGGCAAUUGGCAAGAGGCUACCAUUGGCUUGUAUGAUCCAUUGUCGGAAAAAGAAUGCAACAAAAACGAGGAUGACUGGAGCCCUGAUGAUGCACCUUAUGGCCAAAUGAAAAUCAGAUUCAUGAUCCUACCUGGAUUCUCUCCUGUUCACACGAAUUUGCGUCAUUUCCGUAUGGAUAUGUUGGGUGCUGAUCCCUUCCGAGAUGAAACGUUACGCAACAAGGCACGUCAAUUGAUCGAAGAAGAGGAAGCACAGCAAGAGGAAGCACAUCGUGGAUCACAAGCAACUGAGCUCUCGGACGUGUAUGGCGAUGAACAAGAAGAGAAUGAUGAAAACAAUAGUACGCUACAAGGAGAGGAAGACGCGGAACAAGAGUACCUCAAGGACCUUAGGGAUUACAAUAAGCCUCACAAGAUCCCGAGAUUGUUUGUUUUACGCAAGGCUGUACGUGGUACGGAUUUCGUCAGGAGCAGGGUUGAGAAGAUGCGUGAUGGAUUUAAUUCUGAAGCCCGAGCAAGCCGUACUGUUGCCAAAGAAUAG